CUUCGAUUUGACACUUUGCACGCCGUGUCACGAACAGUAAGGAUUCGUAACGAAUCAUUCGUUGACAGUCUCUAGUUGGAAGUCACCAUUGCCGGUUUAUUAAUUUUCGAGGUAAUUUCGAAAUGGACUCCAGCUACAAGCAAAGGGCCUGGAUGAACUCCCGCGGGACCAACAACGCCAGCUGGGCCGGCUUUUUGUCGGGACGGGAUACCGGGACCGAGAGGUCUUCACUGUCAAUGGCGGGCUGGUCCCCGUAUGACAACAGCUCUCGUCGUCUCCUAGCAUCCAGUGACAUGUCGCUAGCUCCGCAGCGUUCCGGCGACUCUCGUUGGAGCCGCGUCCAGUCUGAGUGGAACGAGACCCGGGUUGGUGCCUCACAGGCGGGAUUGAAUUCGUGGUCAGGGCCUUCCAAUGGGAACCCAAGGGUGAUACAAAAUCAGCCACAACAGCAACAGCAUGUGCAGAUGCAGAGCAAUGCCCAGGAACCGUCGAAGGGACAGGCUGAGGGCUUUCUUAGAGGCUUCAACAGUGCUGCACGCGACUGGUUCUAUCGCUACAUGAAUAUGGGAUGCAGUCCGGAUGAGGCUCGUGAGAGGGUUCUAGAACGCCAUCGGAGCCAUCCAGAGUCACUGGACACAGCUCCGCAUGGGGUACGUUACCCAGACCCCAAGGCGCAGGUGGAGCGUAGAAAUCCUGGCGAAGAGCGCAGGCGUCCACUGGAGUCUGAUUCAGACACCUUGGGUAAUGUUCUCAAAAGCUUUAAUGGAGCCUGUCGCAAAUGGUACCAAAAGCAUCUGGAAAAUGGGUUUACUCCGGAGGAGGCCGUAGCCAAGAUACUGGAGUACAGAAGGACUUCUUCCGGCAGCCGACCGGUGCAAUCUUCAAUAGCUCCAGGCGACCGAAAGCGCCCUGUUGACAGCAACGCCAGAGAUGGUUCAAAGAAGCCAAGGAAAAGCAAUGAAAAGCAAUUGCCCCAGGGCGCCAAGGUGACCUCUGGAAAGGAUCAUUUGGCUGUGGCCGUGGUGGCCAUGGACUAUCCCAAGUUAUGCUUGAAGAACUUCGAACUCACCAAGAUCGAAAACGCCUUGCUGGAGGAAAUGAAGAAAGGCUGGAAGCACAGUCUGAACUUUGUAGGUAUUAAAUAUCGCCAGGGUAUGAUUGUAGUUACCUGCUUAGACGAGGCCUCCAAGGAAUGGCUAGAGCAGGUGGUGCCAAAGAUCACCGCCGUGAAGGGGACACACCUGCGGAUCUAUAAGGAAGACGAAAUCCCCAACACCAAGGCUAUUACUUUCUAUGUGCCGCGCGCAAUUGAUGAGCCGAACGACGUCAUUUUGAGAUCCUUGAAGGGGCAGAAUACUGAUCUUAAGUCUGGAAACUGGUCCAUCUUGCGCAGCUUCCCGUCAAAGUCAAAGAAAGGAAAGGUAAUGACCCUUACAAUUGGCGACAAGUCGCUGGAGCUGAUAAGCAAGCGAGGCAUGACUAUUAGCUACCACUUCGAUCAGCUCACCUGUCACAUUGCCCGAGAGCCGGUAUCCGAAUCAUCCAAGAAGAAGGUAACUGAGGAGGUAACUGCCGAUCUGCCUGAGAUUGACCUUACCGAAGAGGAUGAAGAUAUAGAGCUUUCUGGGAUGACUGUCUUGGACGAGGUUCAAUGCGACGACGAUGACGAGAACGAGAGUGUCGAGAUAGCUGAUGAAGAGCAUGGCAAUGGUAAUGAAGAGUACGGGCAGCAGUACGAGGAGGAUGAGCAGUAAGAAGUGCCUUAGUGACUAAAAACUAAAGGCUAGAGACAUCUAAAGGAGAGAACAACGAUAUACAAACAAGGAAACACAAGCAAUCUCAUCGAAAUCCACCAAAAAAACCUUUUACAAAUGAAGUAUUAACAAUGCAAAUACCCUGGGAAAUGGCCAAUACUCGGGAUUUGAAAUUUAGUAUUGGCCAUUUGAUUUGUGAUUGAAAUUAAAACACUUACCUUGUACCACUCCUUCCAGCGGUAUCAGAGAUACCUAAUCCUUCCUAAACACUUCCAAGAAAUUCAAAGACUUAGGAUACACAAAUGUACCAAAAAUAAUAUGUAAUUUCGAGUUUAUUGUAUUUGAAUACAAAGCAAUUAACACA